AUGUACACGCACAAUAAUCUGUACGGAUAUUGCAAUAGAACGAUUUUGGAAAAGAGUAGUCAUAUCACAAACGUUUGCGAGGAAGUGACGGAACCUCCUUGCAAUCCGUGCCCACCUGGAGAGCCAGGGCCUCCUGGACCACCAGGAGAUGCAGGUAAGGCUGCCGAUUUGUCACGUUUUUCAGGAAGCCCAGGUCAACCGGGUCAUCCCGGACGAAACGGGAACGAUGGACCACCCGGGCCACAAGGACCUCCUGGACCUCCUGGACCACCUGGCGAGAAUGGAAGAGAUGGACCCAGAGGAGAACCGGGUCGACCUGCCUUCAGCACGCCGGCUAUUCCCGGCGAUCCAGGUGCUCCCGGGGAGCCGGGACCACCCGGACUUCCCGGAGAAGCUGGACAAAGCGGUCGCCCAGGAUCAGACGGACUACCAGGACCACAGGGACCACCCGGUCCACCAGGACCACAAGGACCACCAGGAGAGAUUGGACCACCAGGACAACCCGGACAACCAGGACCACAAGGAGAACGAGGUAAAUUUUUGAUUUAUAGUCCGGGAGAAAUCAGAAGAAAAAUUUCUUCAGGU